GUGAACGCACCAUCACGGUUAGUCUUCCGCCUGUCGUUUUCACACACGCAGUAGACAUGAACGCUUCUGUUGUCAUCCGAAGGUUAGCAGCUCUGUCGGGGGCUUCGGCAGUGUCAGCUGGGGCAUAUGGGGCUCACGGUUUUAAACAGAGUAACCCAGAUGACUACCAGAGAGAGCUAUUUGAAACUGCCAACAAGUACCAUUUCUACCACAGUCUGGCCCUGCUGGGUGCUGCCUCCUCUGGAAAACCUGCAGUAGCUGGUGCCCUCCUAAUAGCGGGUAUGGGGAUGUUCUGUGGCCCGCUGUAUUACCAGGCCCUGACAAAAGACCCUGGUCUAACCAAAGUGGCUCCCAUUGGAGGUAUAUCCAUGAUCGCUGGCUGGCUGGCCAUGAUUCUCUGAAGUGUAACAGCUCGAGGGCCACUACGUGACACUAAACUGUCAGACUGCUAAUGGAUGAACUAGAGAGCCUGUGACAGUUGGCUGAGAGCUUCAAAGUGCCGAGUUAUGUCAGCCAUCUAACCGCUCCCUGCUCCAGGUUGUGGGUGUCAACAGGAGAUAAGGUCACACAAGGAUUAUCACUUUUCUACCAUUACUGUCUGUUUCUGACUGGUGUCCUUUGACUAAAAUGGAUAAGCAUUGAAUACAACUUCUUGUGUAUUUUUUCAGCCAUGUAACAUUUUCAAUAGAAUGCCAAUUUUGUACUGAGGAAAAAAGAAAAUUACUAGUGAGCUAAUAAAAUUCCCAAAGCUAUACAUUGGUGUGCAUAAAUAAAGGAAAGAAUAUGAAGGAUUUCAAAUUAAACACUUAAAUUGAUAAUAAUAAACUCUUACACAUUGUUGUGCUGCCUAGUUCUUCUACAUGGAUGAUUUAUGUAAUGUACUGUAUAUGAUAAAGACCUAAUUUCAACAGUGAGUAUCCAUAUUACAUGAAUCUGCUGUGCCUACAUCCUGGACAAACAUGUUGAUAAAAGCAAUCCAACACAAUAAAUCUUACUAUAAGAUCCUGUAU